CCAGCGGAGAUAAACGAAUGUCCCCACAUCUCCAAAGGAAAGUUCAUCGGAUUUUUAUUCUAGAGAUCUCAUCUUCAGGAUGUCAGUGAACACUUCCACUGCAGGAAAAGGUGUGGAUCCAAAUGCGGUUGAUACUUAUGACAGUGGCGAUGACUGGGAAAUCAGGGUUGGGAAUUUAAUUAUUGAUUUGGAUGCUGAUUUGGAAAAGGACAGACAGAAAUUUGAGAAGAAUAAUUCCACGGAUACCAGCAGCAGCACCAGCUACAAGGAUUGUGAGGGUCUGGCUUUCAGUGGGGCUAAUGCUACCUCGGUCUUAUCUGAUGGCCUAAAAUUUGCUUCUGUUCAGCUCUCUGCUCCCCAGGGGAAUUCCUCUCACAAAGAGACUAGCAAAUCAAAAGUGAAUAGGAGCAAAACUUCUAAGGAUGCUAAUAAAUCUCUGCCUUCUGCUGCCUCGUAUGGGAUUCCUGAGAUCAGCAGUGCUGGCAAGAGGCAGGAAGUCCAAGGGCACCCUGGAGAGGCAACUGGCAUAAAUUCAGCACUGGGUCAAAGUGUGAGCACUAACCUAAACGGCAACAACAACACCAGCAACAACAAAACUAUUGCAUCUUGUGGGAAAAACAAAGAGGAGAAACCAGGUAAAAACCAGGGCAGCAGAGGCUCCAAGCGGGAUAAGGAUGCGGGGAAGUCCAGGAAGGACAAGCAGCAUGACCUGCAGCAGGGCCACCCCAACAGCAGUGGGGGUAGCAGCAACCUAGCUCCCCCUGGGCACCUCUAUGGCUACAGGUGCAACGGGGCCAAGGGGGGCAGUGAUGGGAGCAGCAGCCCCUUCCACUGCGCCUCCUCUGCCGUGGGGGAGGUGAGCAAAAGUACCUUGGAUUCAGGGUUAAUGGGGAACUCUAUUUUGGUAAAGAAGGAAGAGGAGGAGAGCCACAGGCGAACCAAGAAAUUGAAAACAGAAAAGCCCUUUUAUCAGAAACUGCCGAUACAACUCAGUGGACCUUCACCCAUCCACUGUAUGGUCAUCCCACUCCAGCUGUUGGAGGGGCACACGUUCAUCUUGAACGUUUCUACGACCAUGUUCGGUCAGGUCUUCUAUACCUGGGUCCUACACAAUCAGCUGAAAGGACAGAACCCUGAGGUCACCCGGACUGAGCUGUCUCUGGUGUCAGCA